AUGGAAGAUGCUCAACCGGACCCUCUGGAAAUGGUAGAAGUGGAUAUUCCACCUAUGGAUCAGCCAAUAGAAGAAGUUGUUAUUAAAUGUGAAGUUAUUGAGAUCUCUGAUGAAGAAGAAACUCCAAAAAAGUCCAAACGUAAACGAAUUGUAAAAAAAGAAGCCACAAGCAUGCCCCACAUGCGAAAAGCUGAUUUAGACCGACACGAGAAAAUACACAGCGGAAUAAAACCGUAUCAAUGUGAAAUAUGCUCCAAGAGCUUUACACAAAAGAACAAUAUGCUAAUGCAUUAUAAAACACAUGUUGGGGAUAAGCCCCACGAAUGCAUGGUUUGCGGCAAGAGGUUUAUAACUAAAAGUAAGUUAACAUUACACUCCAGGAAACACGACAAAGAUAAAAAGAGAAAAAGCGACUACUUAUAA